GCAACCGCCAGUUGUGUCCGGAAGAAACACUGCCAUCAUUAUCCCAUGGUGCAGCAUCAAGAAAGUUGAGGAAAAUAGAAAUCCAUGAUGGAGACGUCUUCUCGUGGUCCAGCUGGUGGAGGUCUGUGGAACUGUCCUAGAGGGACCCAGUACAGCAAGGAGACUCAGGAGAUGCUGAAAUUGAUGAUGCAAGAGUCGAGACUCACCAACUUCCAGCAAAGACAGAUCAAUGACAAACUAAAGAAGGGAGCAGCUUUGCCAUUGACCUGUAACCCCACAUCAUCGGCUCUUCCCUCACUGCCCAAACCCAAAGUCGUAAAAAAUAGCACGACCCGCACUCCAGCCAAGCCCCUGAGGCGCUCCGCUGACAAUUGUAGUUCUGGGGACAACUACACCAGAGAAAGGUUCCGCCCCAGUGCCACACGAGAUUUAGAGAAGGAGAAGAGGAGGCUCCAGAACAUUCUAGCUACGGGGCAGGAGGAGCCCAGACCCAGUCGUCCCAGGAACAUUUCCCUGGACCAGGGCCCAGAGGAGGAGAGGGACCGCUUCCAGGAGGUUUUGGGUGAGAUUGAGGAGAGGAGGGAGUUUCUGGAGGAGAUGACGGCCCUGGGGAAAGGGAAGCAGUACCACAACAUCAUCAACACAGAGAUCUCACAGAAAAUCCAUGAGCUGGAGGUGAUUGACAAGGCCCGCAGUGCAGAGCUGAGGACCAUGAUGCCAGAGAAGAAGACUGAGUGACAGAAAGGAAUACUCAUCUACCCCAACUCUGCUGAAUGGAUCUACUCUACUGCUAAUACUCCUACAGAAAAUACACUACUGCACAGGAAUUCUGAACUCAAACUUGGAUACUAGUCUUAAUUUCAGCAUAAUGCGUGUUCAAAUGAUGGCAUGGUAUCAUAAAUGUUGCUGGGAAGACACCAAUGCAUCCUUAUCAAACUGAAAAAUAAUUGUAGUGUACAUUCAAACAUGACCAAACAGACAUCUUUUUAGUUGCA